AUGCCAUCACCAUCCGAUAUUAAGAUCAAAUAUUGGGACGAGCGGUUACAAUGCCUUUUGAGACUAUGUAAAUUGACUUUUCCUUUUAUAGCUCCACAAAAAAAUACCGAUAUUGCUAAGAUCUCUAAAGACUUUGAGGAGAUAUUUUUUUGUUUUGUAAGCAAAAAGAGCCAUAAUAAACGGAAGAUUUCUUUUAACAAUCCAUUUUAUGAUAUUCUGGACACCAAUCAUAAAAUAAAUAAAGCCAUGGAGGACUGUUGGAAAGUUUAUGACGUGGAUGUCGUGCAUCAGAAAAUUUCUCAGUUCCUUGCUUCGUAUAUCUAUAAGCUCAGCUCGAAAGCAGAACAGGAUGGUAGAAACAACCCAGAUAUAGCUUCAAUAAUCUACGCAUCAUCGGAUAAUUGUCAAAUUCAAAAUUGCCGAAUGCAUCACGCAAUUCCGACAUCAUUACCACAACUCCUGAAACUUGUGAGACUCCAAUACAAAGUGGUGCGAAGGUUGGAUGUAUUAUAUCAUUAUGGACUUCUUAGAGAGGAGAAAAGUAAAGAAUUUCUUGGUUCACAAAAGUGGUGGGCUGAAAAGUUGGUUAAAUGUCAUAUAAUCUUUCAAUCACCGCAGAAAAACUGCCCGGAGGUUACUAGUCUUAUAAAUGACGCAAACAAUAUUUGGUUAUUCAAUGAAUCUAAGAGUGUUGGCGACUUUGAAGUUUUGUUAAAGUCUAUGUUUUUUAUUCAGCGGAUGAUGAACAAAAAGGCCAUUGGGGAGCUCCAUCGGGAAAUGUCGAAAACAAAAAUGAUAUCACGCCCUAACGAUCUACCCGUUGGUUUUGAAUAUUACUGUGGAAAUUUUCAAGUGAUUCCGGUUGGAAGGCAUCUCUCGCUAUUUUUCUCGUUUCUUCACAAUAAUAAAGUGAUCUCCGCGAUCAUAAGCUCAACAGCGUUUAUUCGUUAUGCCAUAAAAAAUAUUAAAAAAGUCAAUCUGUCUUCUUCCGAUGCUCUCGAUGAACUUACGUCUCUCAUGGAAUUUACAACGUCUUUAAUUUUUGCAGUCGGUCAAGAGUAUUGCGAUAUUUGUCUUCCUCGAGCUUAUCUAAUUAAUUACUUUGAAGCAUUUACCGCGAAACCACUCAUUCCGGGUCGAUAUAUUUAUAGCGAAAAGAACUAUCUGUAUACAAUCAAUAAUUCACUCGUUCAAGUUCAACGACUUCUCAACCUGCUAUUUGGUAAGGAACAGGUUAAAGUGACGAUUAUUCUUCGAUUGAUAAGGCUUAUGAUACUUAUCGGUCUAAACGAACCCACUGUUGCGCAGAAGAUUCUUGGUCUUUUCAACUCUUAUAGUAAAUACAACUUUUCUAUAAAAUUUAAGAAAUACCUAGAAGAGAACAAUUUUAAAUGUCUUGUGACCAUACUGCAUAAUGACCUCAGAGAGAUACGUUGUGACUCUUUGGUUAUCGUUCGUCACCAAAAUGUAAGCACAUCAAAAUUUGCUUGCUUCGAAAAAUAUGGCAUCAAAUACCUUACAUACAGCACAAUUGAGGAAUUUCGUUCUUUCCUUCGGAAGUUCGGUUGA